UUUAAGCGUCACUUAACUGAAAUUAUUCAACAAACCUUCCUGGUGUUAAACAUUAACACAGUCCUUUAUAUGUGGCACGGGUUCAUUAUCAUGCCAAUAAAUGAUUAAUUAAAAUUUUCUGUCUGGACCAGUAAUUUCCCUGGACUUUUAUGAUUCAUAAUUCAUACUGUGUUGUAAUGUUACCUCUCGAAACUGACAUACUAGCAUUUAUUGUUUUUUAUUGCUUCUCUGAGCUGGCUUUUGAAAGAGACACCAAGUGACACAUGUUUAGGAAGGGUUUAAAAGUUUGAGGAGGUCGAAGGAGGCAUUACUUAUCUCAACAGGCGGGACCCAGCCGGCUGCCUCCGCAGACGCGGCAAUUGAGCAGCAAGCCGAGCGAUGAGCAGCUCCAUGGAAUGUUCGGCCAAUGCUACGGUGUGCGAAGGAGCGUCCUGCGUGCUACCCGAGAGCAACUUCAACAAUGUCCUGAGCGUGGUCCUGAGCACGGUGCUGACCAUCCUGUUGGCCCUGGUUAUGUUCUCCAUGGGGUGCAACGUGGAAAUCCAGAAGUUCCUGGGGCACGUAAAGAGGCCGUGGGGCAUCUUUAUUGGCUUCCUCUGUCAGUUUGGCAUCAUGCCCCUCACUGGAUUCAUCCUGUCGGUGGCCUUUGAUGUCCUCCCGAUCCAGGCGGUGGUAGUGCUCAUUAUGGGCUGCUGCCCCGGAGGAUCUGCCUCCAACAUCUUGGCCUAUUGGGUCGAUGGCGACAUGGACCUAAGCGUCAGCAUGACCACAUGUUCCACACUGCUUGCCCUUGGAAUGAUGCCACUGUGCCUCCUUAUCUAUACCAAAACAUGGGCCGACUCUGGGACCAUCAUAAUCCCCUAUGAUACCAUAGGUACUUCUUUGGUUGCUCUGGUUGUUCCUGUUUCCGUUGGAAUGUUCGUUAAUCACAAAUGGCCUCGAACAGCAAAGAAGAUACUCAAAAUUGGAUCCAUUGCUGGUGCAAUUCUCAUCGUGCUCAUAGCUGUGGUUGGAGGAAUAUUGUACCAAAGUGCCUGGAUCAUUGCUCCCAAGUUGUGGAUUAUAGGAACUAUAUAUCCAGUGGCUGGUUACACCCUAGGUUUUCUUCUGGCUAGAAUAGCUGGUCAGCCCUGGCACAGGUGCCGGACAGUUGCUUUGGAAACAGGGAUGCAGAACAGUCAGCUGUGCUCAACCAUCGUCCAGCUGUCCUUCACCCAGGAGGAGCUGAACCAGAUAUUCACCUUCCCUCUCAUCUACAGCAUCUUCCAGCUUGCCUUCGCCGCAAUAUUCUUAGGAAUUUAUGUGAUAUACAAGAAAUAUUAUAGAAAAAAUGAUGAAGAACUUCCAAAGAACAAAGAAAAGGGAGCAGAACCAGAGUUAAAUGGAGGAUUUCAACCAGAUGAAAAGUAGAUACCGAGUUGACGAAAAAGAGGAAUUUGAAAGAAUAUUUUCCAACAAUAACUGUAUUUCAUUAUUUGUUUUGAUGGGACAGCUGGCAGAAAAACUUUUAAAGUGAAAAUUUAAAUUUUGUUUGAAACUGUAUUUUGCAUAUGGCACCAAGUGAAUAGUGGUCCAGUUUAUUAAUGUGACAAAUGUGUCAUAUAUAUUUUUAUAUGUGUAUAUAUGUAUAUGUGUGAAAUAUUCCAAAAUAAAUCCAUGGAAUCAACAUGACAAAGGUAACAGUGAGAACCUGAUAACCUCUUUUUUUAAAUUAUUUUAUUUAACUUUAUUCAUUUAUUUAUUUCAAUUUGACCA